AUGGAGGCAUUCCAACAAAGACCGGAGCAUUUGAACAAGGCGGUGGCGUCUCUGUGCGCACGCAUAGAGCUUCUGUUGAAGCAAAACGCGUCUCGCCAGCAUGAACGCGUAUUGACUGCCUUGGCUAGUGUGCCAGGCUCAGGCAAGUCGACUGUUUCCGCAGCACUGCUAAAGGCCUUGCGAAGCCAAGGCAACGAAGACAUCGUCGUAGUACCCAUGGACGGCUUCCACUACUCCACGUCGGUUUUAUUCUCCUUCGACGACCCAGCACUAGCUUUUCGCAAACGAGGGGCUCCAUUCACGUUCGAUGCGGCUGGCCUUCUGGAACUGGUGUUGACUCUGAAGACUAUACCGGUAACUACCGACGAGCAUCAAGAAAUGAUCAUCACCGCUCCCAGUUUCGACCAUGGGGUCCAAGAUCCAGUCCUCGAUGACAUCCACAUUUCAUCGAAAAGUAAGGUCGUGAUCAUGAAGGGUAACUAUACGCUCUUGAAUCAGUCGCCUUGGGACGAGAUAUCGGAGCUGGUUGAUGACAGGUGGUUCGUGGUUGUACCGGCGAUUGUGGCGCGAGAGCGACUGAUAGAGCGCCAUCUCCGAGCCGGCAUCGAGACUUCUAGAGAAGCGGCCGCUUUACGAGCAGAGGACAACGAUAUUCCCAACGGCGACCUCAUCGGAGCUGCACUCAUUGAGCCCAGCGUUCGAAUAACCAACUGA